GUAGUGGGGGUUGUGGACGAGCCAAGUUCAUUCUGCACGCCGCUACUCAGAACGUCGCGACGUCUUAACGUGCGCGGUUCACUUAAAGGUGACGCUUUUAGCCGGUAGUAACGUUUCUUUUGCUGCGUUCAGCGAUGCAAUUAUGGUUUGGUAGUGUCGCGAUGCUGGAACGCGUAAUUGCUGUCCGUGAGAAUAACUAGGUCGUGAAACGAAUACGUUUCUUCUCUGUUUUAAUUAAGUAAUUCACGAGAUAAGGAUAUAGUGAUGGAUUCAUAAGGAUUUCUUUAGUUGUGAACCGAGUGAUGUUGAGGGUUUGAAAAAAAAAGUAACGCUUUCAGUGUCGGGUCGAACGAAAAGUUUUUACCCAAGUGAUUAAUGCUCGCGUGUGCUUCGUUCGUCUAUAAUCGAUUUUAUUUCUGGUUUAUGUUUUGGCCAGUGGGCUGUUUUACUUUAGUGUCAAAUUGUUUUGUGGAAAUCUUCUGAGAUGAUCGAAUUACGUGAAUGCCCGACGCAACCGCGAGUUUCUUGUCUGCGAAACGUCCGGCAAAGUGAAAAUUGUGAAAAUCCAAUUCUGAAUAGGAAAUUGAAGCGACUCGUUGACAUUUCUAACUUUGAAUAACGUUUCUUUGUGGCUGAAACUGCAAGUGAAAAAAAAAUGCAAUAAACUUUCGAUCGAAAUCCGUUUCAAAGCAUCUACCAUGGUAUUACUGAGUUCAAGAUAUCAACCACUUGUUGCUGUUGGAUAUUAAAACUCGGCACAGCAUCCAGCUGGGUUAUCUGGUGUCCCCGAGGUGCAGGAACAAAACGAUACCUGGACGAGCAGAUCCCACAGAGCGGCAUGGCCGCCGCCGAGGAAAAGUCGUUCUUCAACGUGAAACGAAUCAGCGUUUCUCGAGCGACGAAGAAGCAAGCAUCGAGUAAACGAAUUAAAGAAGAAAUGGCAAAAGAUAACGAAAUGAUAAAAUGAGCAGACCCCAAGAGAGACUGAACUUCGAAGCAAUGAAGCUGAUACCGUCUCACUUGAUGAACGGCGACCAGAAUCCAAACAAGUCAUUGGAGAUGCUGCCAGACUGCGACAGUCCGCUCAACGAGGGCCAAUGGGAAAAUCUAACGGAUUCAGGAGUCCUAAAUUCAUUCUUGAACUUGAGCUGCCUAGAGCACGCGCCCCAACUCACCAGAAGUUCCUACAUAAAGUCAAUGAUACUGGCGGCGAUGGCGUCGCUGAGCCUGAUAGCAAACGCCGCGACGAUCUACUCGAUAAGGAGGAACCGUCGGAAGCGACAGAGCUGCUCGGCAAUUUACACAUUGAUUUUGCACCUGUCGAUCGCCGAUCUCCUCGUGACCAUAUUUUGCAUCGGAGGCGAAGCGCUCUGGAGCUACAGCGUCGCCUGGCUCUGGGGAAACGUUGCCUGCAAGCUCUUCAAGUUCCUUCAGGUCUGGAGCCUCUACCUCAGCACCUUCAUCCUCGUCCUGAUCGGCGUCGACCGAUUUGUCGCUGUUCGCUAUCCAAUGAAGAGUCUCAACACCGCACAGAGAUGCAAUCGGCUUGUGCUGUUCAUGUGGAUUCUUUCGUUCGUCCUUAGCAUUCCUCAGGUGGUAAUAUUCCACGUAGCCCGAGGACCCUUCGUCGAAGAGUUCUAUCAGUGCGUGACUCAUGGUUUUUACACGGAAGCUUGGCAGGAGCAACUUUACACAACCCUCAGCCUGGUCUUCAUGUUCCUGCUGCCAUUGGCCAUUCUAAUCGCCACAUACGUAUCCACAGUAGUUACGAUAGCUCGUAGCGAAAGGGUCUUCAGGGCCGAAUUGGCAAGCAGCAAUUUGAAUCACGUGUCAGGUGACGUCAACAGGCGCAGACUGAUGCAUCGCGCCAAGACCAAGUCGUUACGCAUAAGCGUGGUGAUAGUUGCUGCCUUCGUUCUGUGGUGGACGCCGUACUACACCAUGAUGAUAAUCUUCAUGUUCCUCAAUCCGGACAAGCACUUGAGCAACGACAUGCAAAGCGGGAUAUUUUUCUUCGGGAUGAGCAACAGUCUUGUCAAUCCACUUAUAUACGGGGCUUUUCAUCUUUGGCCCCAACGCAGACGACAAGGCAGCCACUAUCGGGAUGGCUCAACGAUCCAGCAUCGCAGCACUACCACACAUGCGAGUUUCAUGCUGGCAACGCGUGGCGGUAGUACUCGGCUUUCGAGACAGCAGACGAGAAACUCAAAUUUGAACCUCAACAGAGGCUCCCAUCAGCCCGAUGAGACGGUGCUUGUGCAUUUGAUGGAGGAACCGCGAAAUAAUAAUGAAAAGUCAAACAACAGACAGGCCAGACUCAUCUUACGAUACAAUGAGAACGGGAACGGCGACGUGGAGAACAAAUUGUUCAUCGAUCAUACGUAAUCCCUGCGACGUUUGCGCCCAUAUUGGCGAACGGUGCAUUUUUCUAGAGGAAGUUAUUCCCGAGUGGAGGACGAGACAUUCUCAGCGCUGCAAGAGAAACUAUUAAUUAGCUAUUGCUCGUAACGAGUGUAUUGUUUGCUACAUACGAGAGCAUGGAUGGUACUUAGAAUUUUUUUACUUUCAAGAUACUUAAUGACGUCACCGAGAUUUAUAUGUAAUGUAAUAUCGAUAUGCGUUUCGUGUACUACCUCAUGUAUGCUUACGUAUUCAUCUCGUGUAAUAUAAUGUAAUUGAUAUCAGUAACGUGUAUAUUUUUAAUUAAAUGUGUAAAAUAAUAAAGAUCGAUCGUAACAUCACUUCUAGAUUUAUAAGCUAA